GGAACAAAAAAAACUCCCAAGGUUGGAACUUGGAAGUGGGUCUAAAACGAGCACGGAUCCUCUCCAGUAACUGGAUGCUUCCAUUGGAGAGAGACAGAGAGGAGGGAAAUUAUCCAUACCGUUUCCUCACUACAACUAGCAUCCACUCCGUUAGCCUAAAGAAAGCCUCGUUUACGCCUUGACGGAGGGGAGAAAAAAUUUGGCUUGAACCCCAGGAUGAAAGAAACGAAGAACACAAGGAGGCUACUUCAAUUACUCAGCCAGAGCAACGAAUUGGAGGACUGAGCUGAAUACUAGAGUUAUUAUCGAUUGUCAAAAUUAUAUUGAUGGUGAAGCAGGGGACCUUGAUUCUACAGAGUGGUCAGAAAUUUUCCUUCCAAAUUUAGGCACCACAGAGUGGCCAGAAAAUUUUCACCAUUGUUGAGACCAGCAAGUGAGAUAACUGGAUUUGGGUUAUUUGUUGAUAUUCUUUAUGGAAGACAAACUCUUAAUCCUAGUAUGUAAAGUGAAACUGUGAUAUCAGUGGGUUCUUCUGUACAACAGGAAACGAUUUUUUAUGAUCAUAAUAUGGUCUCAAGGCUUCCGAUCCUUAAUGAAGAAGCUACAAAGAAGAAAAAUGCCAAAUGGUCAAAGUGGCUGACGGAAUCUGUUAGUUUGUAGUGAGGAAACGUUAAAGAAGGGUAGUUUUAGACCCACUUUCAAGUUUCAAGUUUAGGAGUUUUUGUUCCAAAAAAACAAAAAUAGAAUAGGGGUAUAUAUGUUCUCACAAAAAUAGUAUAGGGGUAUAUUUGUGCCUUUUCCCUUUCUCCAAACAUCAAAGAAAUGCACUCAGCAACGGCCUUCUCCUUGCUCUCCUUCAUUCGGAAGCAUGAGUGCAACCGCCCAGCUAUCCAACAACUGCAUUCUCAUUUAAUUUUUGCGUCCGCUUGCGUUGUUUCUGCCUCCACUCCGAUCAUCUUCACUCUCUGGAACUCUAUUCUCCGGCACUAUUCCCUCGGACCCUUCCCACAAGAAGCUUUCUUCCUAUUCAAGCACUUACAACACAAACUGCCACAUGGGUUCUUUUUUGACAGCUUCUCUUAUUCUUUUCUCGUUAAAGCUGCCUCUAAUCUAUCCCGACCAUGUAUCGGGAAACAAGUGCACUGCCUCACCUUUAAAUCCGGAUUUCAGGCUCAUGUUUAUGUGCAAACCGCCUUGGUGGAUAUGUAUGCUCACUGUCGAUGUCUGGUGGAAUCACAUAAUGUGUUUGAAGAAAUGCCUGUGAGGAACAGUGUGACCUGGAAUGCCUUUAUGACUGGGCUGAGCAAGUGGGGUGAGCUUAGGUUAGCCCGGGCUGUUUUUAAUAGGAUGCCGGAGAAGAAUCUGGUUACUUGGACGGGUAUGAUUGAUGGGUACACACGAACAGGUAAGUUUAUUGAAGCGUUGUUGUUGUUCCGCGAAAUGGUUGUGUCUGAGGGGAUUAAACCAAGCGAAGUGACUCUUUUAACAAUUUUCCCUGCUAUUUGGAAUGUUGGGUAUCUUGAAUCUUGCCAAAUGCUUCAUGCUUAUGGGGAAAAAAGUGGGAUCAACUCUUUUGAUAUCCGCGUUAUGAAUUCACUUGUAGAUGCAUAUUCCAAGUGUGGGAGCAUACAGUGUGCCUCAAAAGUUUUUGAUGACAUAGCAGAUGAUAGUAGGAAUCUAGUGUCAUGGACAUCAAUUAUAUCAGGAUAUGCGAUGUCUGGCAUGGCCAAAGAAGCUUCAGAUUGUUUUAUAAUGAUGCAGAGUGCACAUAUACAACCAAAUCAGGUUACACUUUUGAGUGUUCUACAUGCCUGUAGUCAUGGUGGUUUGGUGGAUGUAGGAGUUGAAUUUUUCAGAAAGAUGGUAAAUGACUUUGGUCUUCAACCCAAUAUUAAACAUUAUGGAAGCUUGAUAGACAUGCUGGGGAGAGCAGGGAGAUUAGAAGAAGCUGAAAGGGUAGCUUUAGAGGUACCCAAUGGGAUCUCUAAUGCUGUGAUGUGGAGAACACUUUUGGGCGCUUGUAGUUUUUAUGGAAAUGCUGAAUUAGGGCAGAGAGUUAUGCUAAAGGUUUUGGAGUUGGAAAAAACAUAUGGUGGUGAUUAUGUACUGCUCUCUAAUAUUUUUUCCAACAGUGGUAGGUAUAUAGAUUCUGAGGGGGUGAGGAGAUUAAUGAAUGAAGAAAAUGCCCAGAAGGUUCCUGGCCUUAGUUUUGGCUAACAAGAAACAAAUGGUCUUGAGGGGGGAGGGGGUUCGCUGGGCCAACAUCAUGUGAGGAAUGGGUGAAGAACCAGCCCAGGCAUGGGACUUCAUACUGCAGAAAUUGAUGCUACAGCCAAAGCUUAGACAGUUGUGCUAUUUGGGCUUGUAAGAACAAUGAAAUAUGAACUAAUUCUUGUGCGUCCAUUAGUCUUUUUUGGCUCAUUUCUCUGUCUCUUCAUUCCUUUUUUGAACCCGGUAUGAUAACCUCCAUGCUGGUAUCCCUUCAUCUCCCUUUGUUUGUCCAUUGCUUUUGUACUGGCUGUGUUGAUUUUACUAUAGUCUUUCAUAAAGUAGGUUCACAUUCCUCAAUUAUUUAAGCCUGUGAUCCUUCAUGUAGUGUGGCUGUGUGGGUGUACGGUGUACCAUGUACGGGUUGAGAACAUCCGCUAUUGGGGGUUUGGGGGCUCUUUUGGCUUUGUAGAUGGGUUUGUAUGGUGUUCGCUAUUUACUUACUUUUUACUGCAUUGUCCUUUUACCCCAUCGUAGGUGGGAGCCUUUGCGGCACUGGGGUAAAUGAUGAUGAUGGUGGUGGUGGUCCUUUUGAAGUUGUAAUAUGCUUUCUUAUUGCUCAGAUAGUUUUGUGCCACCUUGGGAUGUGUUCUCUACUUCACAAAAAAUACAAAAGAUAUCAAAACUUUCAUAAAAUUUUAAGAACCUCCAUUUUUUUAACUUCUUCGAAAACUAACCUGAAAUUUAUUUGCCAGGAUGUUUGUGGAAAUAAUAUCCCGUGUGUCAUUGUCAGGGCCUAACCACCAAUGCUCAAAAAGCAAACUUAGGACAUCCAUGCCAGCUCCGCCCAUCAUGUCAGGAGGUAAAUGAUCGAUCUAAAACAAGAGCAGUGUGAUGUCCUUUCACAGUGUAGAACACUAGAACCUGGGUGGGAAGCAUUGCACGCACUUAUGGAUGCCUUGGAAACAUCUCUACUUUUAACGUUAGAGGUAAAGUCUACAGGCAUCUCAUCUCCCCACACCCCACUUAACUGGUGUAUCACUGGUUGGUUUAUUAUGUGGAACUGUGGAAAAGAUUUCAAUUAGUACCACUCCAUGGAUGAUUACUCUUUUUAUAACUAAAAAAUAAAUGUGCAUAUUUUUUAGUGCAUGUAUCAAAAUGAACUAUAGAAUGUUCAUAAUCAUUUGAUCUUGAAUAGUUGAAUCAAACGGUUGAAGAUUUAUUCUCUAUGGAUGAGUAUCUCCCUUUGUGUACCCAGUUACAAGCUCCCUCCUGAAUGCGCUCUUCUCCCAAUAGCUUCAAGGUUGUGAGUUUAACGUUUCUAAAGGUUUGUGAAAAGAGUGGGCUUAUAAGAUCGAGUUCAAGGCUGAGGUCAUUCAUAUGAAGGGAGGAAGAUCUUAGUUUUUUUUUUAUGUAUGACAGAAGAUAGUUUCAAAAUAAAAGCUGUAGCAAGAAACACCCAAAUUAGGAGACCCAACUAAAAAAGGAAACAUAUUGUAGCAAGACUAAUAGCCUUAGGAUUUAAAAGAUGUUCUAAACCAGAAUAGGGAAAUAACCAUAAUUAUAGAAAUGACAUUCUUGCUGUCCAAUCUAACCAAUUUGGGUUCCUCCCUUGUCCCACCUGGGGCUCAGCACUGCAUGGCGCUGAUAAGACUGUCCACAAAAUGAAUCACAUAAGUUUGUUUGAAAAAUAUAAAAAAUCUUGUAGUUUUUUAUUUCAUUUCUUCAUUACCACCCUUUGUUCCUUUUUGAGGAGUUUAUUUCCAACUUGAUAAAUGCCAAAAAAGAAAUGAAUUGCUUAAAUGUAUGAUGACUUGAUGAGAUGAAAAUGACUCUUCUCUUGUUUCUUU